CGCUACUUUUCACUCAACUCAGGCUUUUCUCUCCAGUUCAUCACACCGCCAUGUCGAUGACUUUGGAGGCAAAACAAGAGAAAGCUGCUCGGAAAGUGGAGAAAGCUGCUCGAAAAGAGAGAAAAAGACUCGCAAAAGAAGCUGCCGCCGCUAUCGAGUCUCCAGCUGAGGAAGUUGUGCCCACCAAGGAGAAGAAGACGGCCAAGAAGAGGAAGCUAGAAGGUGGGGCUGGCGAGGACGCACAGCCAGCAAAGAAGACGAAGAAGACAAAGGAGCGAGAUGUCGUGGCUGCUGAAGAUAUGGUUGUAGUGAAGGAGGAGAGAGAAAACGAUAAAAACGGCCAAAAUAGCAAAAGAGACAAAAAUGACAAGAAAUCGAAGACGCGUAAGGGUGCUCAAGCUGAAGAGGAAUUGGCUGCGCAGGUUCUGAGCGGUGACGGGAAGAAGAGGUCUGAGAAGGCUAAAGAGGACUCUGAGGCUGACGAAGCCGCUGAAGACGCUGCUCAUGAUACCACACAGAAUGUCGACACCAAUGGCACCAUCUCCAAAAAGGGCAGCAAGAAGCCAAAGAAAGAUCGCAAGUCCUUGAAGAGGGAAGAGCAACCAGAAGCGAAAGACGCCUUAACUGCUGAGAAAAACGGCGUGCAUGUGGAGGCUAUUGGAGACGAAGCCGAAGAAGCCGAGCCAGGAAAGAAGAAAGAUCGUUUCUUAGUCUUCAUUGGAAACCUCCCCUUCAAAGUCACAAAGGAAGAACUCCAAAAGUAUUUCGAGAAAGUCUCGCCCCAAGCCGUCCGCCUCAUGACCGACAAAGACACCGGCAAACCUCGAGGCUUUGCGUUCCUCGAAUUCGAUCGUUAUGACAGGAUGGAAACGUGCAUAAAGCGGUAUCAUCAUUCCGUCUUUCCAGACGGUAAGAAAGGCAGGAAGAUAAAUGUCGAGUUGACCGCCGGGGGCGGUGGCAACAACGAAGACCGCAAAGCCAAGAUCGCAGCCAAAAACGAGAAACUGCACAGCGAGCGGCAGCGUGAACGUGAAAAGCGCGAAGAACUCGAAGCAAAACAACAGGAACGCCAGUCAAAGAAAGAAGAGAGACAGAGGAAGGCUGGCAAAUUCAGCAAGAAAGAAAACGCUGCUGCGGCGCUUCCUCUCGAUGGAGCCGCAGACACGUCGGAAGCUAGUACUGAGCAUGCCGGAAUUCAUCCUAGUAGACUCGCUAUGAUGAGCCGGCCUAUGCAGUCGGACUGGCAGUCGCCCAAGCAUAGGCGCAGGUAUUGAGCCGUUGUCGAGUCGAUAUUUUCUGCAUGGGCUUUGGCGUGGGUGUGAGCUUGGGCGUUGGCAUAUGAUGUCUAAAAGCUGGUCAUGGAUCUCCUUGUCUCAUCUGCUUGCUUGUAUGACCGAAAGACUUGU